GUUAUCGUUAAUUUUGUGUUUAACUAUUAUUCUUAAUUUCAGAAUAAAUAUUGCUUUGAUUAGACAAUAUGUCGGAUGAGCUGGAAGCCUUGAAACAACUUUAUAAAAAGUACGGGCAAGAACAUGUAUUUAAUUUCUACGACGAACUCUCUGCCCAGGAACAGCAAGAGCUUGUCCAGGAGCUGCGUGAUGUUGAUGUCGCAGAUCUCCAGGAAUGCUGGGAGAUCACACAAAGAGGAGAUCAACUCCUUGAUACAUCAGCAAUGCUACCUAUUGAUGAAGAUCUAAUUGGUAGUGUUAAUUCAACCAAAGAGGAUGUACUUCAGAACUAUGAAGAGUUAGCACUUAGAGCAAUAUCUGAUGGUCAUAUUGGAGUACUACUUCUUGCUGGUGGACAAGGAACUAGGCUAGGAGUUCCAUAUCCUAAGGGAAUGUAUGAUAUUGGUCUUCUCAGUGGAAAAUCGCUUUAUCAAAUCCAGGUUGAGAGAAUCCUAAGACUUGAAGAACUUGCAAAAAGACUAACAGGAAGCUCGGGGAAGAUUACAAUGUAUAUUAUGACAAGCGAUCAUACAAAAACUCCUACCCAAGAUUAUUUUGUGAAGCACAACUAUUUUGGUGCACUACCAGAACAAAUCAAGAUUUUUGAACAACAAACCAUCCCUGCGUUUAAUAACAAGGGAAAGUUUGUCCUGAGAACUAAAUAUAAUUUGGCAAGGUCUCCUGAUGGAAAUGGUGGACUCUACAGAGCACUCAGAGAGGAGAAAAUAUUGGAAGACAUGGACAAAAAAGAGAUAAGGUACCUUCAUGUGUACUGUGUUGACAAUGUCUUGGUAAAAGUGGCGGAUCCCAGGUUUAUGGGCUUCUGUAUUAGUAGAAAAGCAGAGGCGGGGAACAAGGUGAUAGAGAAGGGCUGGCCUAGUGAACCUGUGGGCGUUGUUGUUCGGAUAGAGGACAAAGUUCAGGUGGUUGAGUACAGUGAGAUUAGUAAAGAAAACUCAGAACUAAGAGAGAAAGACGGAAGGUUGACCUACAGGGCAGGGAAUAUUUGUAAUCAUUUCUUUGAGAGAGAAUUUCUUAAGCGUGUUUGUCGGGAGCAUGAGAAGAAAAUCCCCUACCACGUGGCAAAGAAAGCAAUUCCUUUUGUGGACCCAGAAACAGGAAUUCAAAUAAAACCAGAUUCUCCGAAUGGAAUAAAGCUGGAGAAGUUUGUAUUUGAUGUUUUCCAGUUUUCAAAAUCUUUUGUGGUCUGGGAGUGUAACAGAGAAGAGGAGUUUAGUCCUUUAAAAAAUGGAGAGGGCGCUGCAAAAGACACACCCUCAACCGCAAGAGAAGCACUGUAUGCACUUCACAGGAGAUACUUAAAAGAAGCGGGAGCCAUUUUUUCUGGCGGAGCGCAGGAUGCCGCGGAACUUUCUCCCAUAGUUUCCUACAGCGGAGAGGGACUUGAAGCCUACGCUAAUCAAUCAAUCAAUCUUCCAGUUUUAAUUAGUUAAUUGUAUCAUGUAUAGACGUUUAUUAUGAUUCUAUCAUCUUUUGAUUAAAUUGUGAUUUAAACAUUCCAAACCAAAGAAGCCCCAAUUUACCUAGUGGUUUAGCCAGAAAACUUUAGGAAUAAUUGAUGCUUUAAUGAUUAUGUUAAAUUUUGCUAACUUAUUAGAAAUUUGUAAAUGAUACAGUAAUAACCAGAAAACUCUGGAAUAGGAAGACGACUUUAAGAAUCAAGUUAUAACUUAAAAAAUUCAAAUGAGCACAAACCACAGCAAUUGGACAGUGUGCCUAUUUUUACUAAAUUAGUGAUCUUAUAAGUGUCAAGAAAAACUUUUUGCUCUGUAACAACAUUACAUGCACUUAAGUGUUGCUAUACUGUCUCCUUCAUAUUCCAUAUUGUUAACGCUGAAUGUUCUUAAAUAAUGCUAUGUGGACUUUUAAAAAGAUACUUUUUAACCAAU